GAUUAGUUUGGGGCAGUUUUAGCGCAUCUCCGCUCUAUAAAAGGGCAGGGGUCCUGCAGGGAGACAUCAGCUUCACUACAUUCCCUCUGCACACAGCUCUUUGUUCAUCAGCAGCCAUGAGACUGUCCAUCAUUGCAACACUUCUGGUGCUUGUUCUGGCACAUGGAGCAUUUGCCGACGAGUUGGAAGACCUGUUAAAGGACAUCCAAGUCAAAAUGUCCAAUGACUUCCGUGAAAUUGUCAACAACCCGGAAGUGCAAAACCAAGCCAAGGUCUUUCUAGAAGAGAAAAGAGGGCAGCUGGAGCCCGCCGUGGAACAGAUCCAACCCCACGUCGACCCCUUCAUCGAAAAGGUCCAGUCCUUCUUCGAUAGACUGAAAGAGGAGUUGGCCAAGACGAGCAAGAAGUAAACCAGCACAUUUUUGGAGCUCGUCCUUUUACUCCAAAGCCAAAAUAAAUACCGAAGAGCA